AAAAUCAUGAUUUGCGCUCGAGGCGGGGAAAUUUCACGAAAUCUCAAGCUUCUUUGGUACACCAACGCGCCAAUUCCAUGUCUUUGAAGACUCUUCCUCUCCCUCUCCCUCUUCCUCUCCAAUCCCUAAUUCAUUCUCAUGGAUUCAAUUGAGCCGCCGUCGUUUUCGCUAGGGUUUGAUCUUGAUGCUGCAUCGGAUCCCCAAUCUGAUUCCCAUCAGAACCCUAGCCCCUCCGGCGACCAGUUAAUUGGGGACGAGCCUGAGCCGGGACUUACGGUCCCAGAUUCUGAUCAGGAGCUUGAUCCAGCUUAUGUAAGCCCUGUUCUCAAGCGGUUGCGACGGGGGAUUAAUCCAAACAAGUGUCCUGCUAAAGAUGAUAGGGGCGUGGCCAGUGACUUGUUAGGUUGCAGGGAGGAUCGGGAUGAUGACAUCGAGGAGUUCUCUUCUCCAGAGGAUUCUUCUCACACGGACGCACCUGCCUCAACAAGGAGUCAUUUUUCUAGUUGCAGCUCAAGGGUGCCACUCCAUGGUACAGGAGUCUUGUCUAAUCAGCCUUCUAUCUCUCGGGGGAAAAGAAAGCAGUCGGAUGUUCCAGCAUCUGCUGGCUCUGGGAUUAGUUCUAUUGCAUCGUUGUUCCAGAGGUCAGCUCGUAGUCCUCUGCGAAGGUUCCAGCUACUAGAUUCAGAUUCUGAAGAUGACCAUCCAUCCACCAGCAGAGAUUUAAGCGGCGUAACUAAAGCAACUAAUUCAUCCUCAAAGGAUAACCUAUCUGUCGCUAGUAAAUCAAAGAGAAAGGAACCUGGAUCUAUCCCCUGUAUUAAAGAUCUGUGGAAAGAUUUUUCGCCGGCAAUUUCCAAGAUUCAAACACCAGCUUUGGAUGAUGUUUGUCAGGACUAUUUUAGCUCCAUCAAGACGACUAGCACAGCUCAGAAACAAAGCAGCGCAGUGGCAAGUAGUAGCAAUAGUGGAUAUCAUAACUUGACUGGUUUUCAGCAAACUGGGCAAUUCUUGGAUUUAUCCCACCCUUCUCCUCCAUCUCAUCGUUUCUUCUUGCAUAGUGAUCCAAGGAUCCGGAAUCUUGCUCGACAGCGGUUACCAAACUUCUUGCCCCUGGGAAUAGUCAAUGAUAGGGAGAGCCAGCGAGAGGUGUUCCUUGUUGAUUAUAUGAAUCAAUUUGGCAGCAAAGGAAGUUCGAAAACUGAAGCCUCUAGCAGCAAAAGCUGCAGAAGAGGGCAAGCAAAGUCAAAGGUUUCAAAGGGCCAAGAGAGCACACACACUUCUGAAGGCUGGUUAAAUCCUAAAACGAGAUCUGCAGCUCCAAAGGAUGCUGGGAAAAGGCGUGUAUCAGCUAACAGUGGCUCUGCAGGUCAUUGGUUCACAUCCGCAGAAGGAAGGAAGGUUUAUAUCUCUAAAUCCGGACAGGAGUUUUCAGGUCAAAGUGCAUAUAGAUGUUACAAAAAGGAGACCGGAGGCGGAGGCGGGUUUAAGAAGUCGAAAAAGAAACGACAGCCAAAGAAGAAGGCGAGGAGUUGAAGAAAGGAAGGCAUUGUUUCCUUCUGAGAACUCAGAGAACCUGGAAAACCCAAGUGUCUGUUAUCAGAAAGUUUCAUCUCUAGAAUCAGAAACUGAUGGGUUUCUUCUCUAAUAUAUUCAGCUGUUUCGCGAAGGACUCCUCUGAAUCUAGAGACUACAUCUGCGACGGUGGUGUUUGUGUUCUACGAAGAUCCAAGACCCCAAAACUUCAAAAGGGUUAAUACAUUUACUUAAGUUGUUGAAGCUUUGUAAAUCGUUUCCUUUUGAUAAAUUUGUAUUAUUACUUUUUUGCAAUUUUGUAAAGAUGCAAAUUGAAAUAGAUUCACGGUUUAGCACAGAUUUGUAUAUCCAAGAAUUUUAUUUGUUA